AUGAGGGCAAUCAAUUUGAGUCUGGCUGUUGCUGGACCUUAUAAAGAGACGGUAAAACGCAAUGUCGAGGUGGACACUGCUACAAUGCCAGAAAUUGGCGUGUGGAAUGGACACCCCAGGCCACUGGGACGAACGUCUGUUCUUGCGGACGGGAACUGGGUGUACUCCUACAGAGAGGACCUUGUAGGGGCAAUUGACAUGAAAUCGGAAAUUACACAGCUAAUCACACAUCAUGAUUACAUCUAUGUGCUCUGCGAGGCAAAAUUGGUUGUUUUCUCCCAGAACACCCUGGAGCUUGUUGAUGAAGCCGUAUUGGAGUACGUGGGAGACAGGUUUUGGCUCCUGGACAUUGAUCAGAACGUGGUUAUCGUCGUUCAAAGCCGCUCAAUCAUUACUGUUGUCACCCACUGCAACACUCUGACCACUAGCUCGCCGUUAUACCUUCCGUUCUGGGCCAAGGGCGUGGUGUUACUGAGCAGAUUCUAUGUCUAUGUUGUUGGACCCUCAGGCCAGUACGAGGUUUUCAGAUACAAUCUCCAGCGGAAAGCUUUUUUGGCAGCAGACCGCAAGAUGUUGAUUCGCAUUGGGGCCUUUGGAGCGCAGAAGCACGGCCGGAUAAUCGACAUUGUGUGUGCCGGUCCUGGAAAGUGGGCCGUUCUCCAGGAAAGAGGGUGGGCGCUUUACGAGGUCCGCAACGCGCAGCUCUUUGAGGUUGCCUCAUCGUCUCUGGCGGUUCCCGGUGAACGCUUGGCCACUAUGGAUUUGGAGGAUGGUUUUGUUAUUCAUUUGCAGAAUGGAGAACUAUUAGUGGUGAACGGCGAUGUCCGUCAAUUGGAAACGAUGGCGAAGCCCGAGAAGCUGAAGAAUCCAGCUUUCUCUGCCAUUGAUGAUAUCAACAGUUAUGUGCUAGAGAGCCGGGACGACUACCUCGCUUUUCACUCCGCCUACACCACAUUCUAUCGUUGUUCGCUGCCUCUGGCCAACUUCCCGGUAGAGGUGUUUUUUCGUCUCUCCGUGGACAUGGAUCGUCUGGCAGAGCUUUUUCUUUCGUAUGCGGUGGAAAACUACAGUUUUUUACUGCUGAGUCGACUGUGUCUCUACUGUGUGUCUGGUAACCGAACGGCGUUCUUUCUGCUGGACCAAUUACUUGCCGGGGUUGGCCGGUUCAACGAGGAGCUGGUCGGCACCUGGAGAAACUAUCUUGAGGAGACGUAUUUUCCUUCUUCUGAGAACUACUCUGUCUACGCCGUGCUUGUUCUUGGUCUCCUCUUCUGUCACGCCGAAGUUGACCUGGGGUCGGAAUUUGGCCCAAAACUAGAAAAAUAUGCAUCUUGCGCUUGCACGGAGGCUUCUAUGUCGAUGCUGGUCCAGAAAAUGGGCUUGCGUUUGAAAAAUCUCGUCAACAUUCCAGCUCUUUUCUACCAUCUCAUACAACAUAACCAUCUGGAUGCAGUUGAUGUGUUUGUCACGCUAGACGAGCAGUUUGCUGUGCUUAAUUUGGCGACUCUGAUGACCGCACCUGUUCCGCCCCUCACAUACAUCAACCAGCUGAUGGUGAACACUCAUCUCUCGCCAACGAAUCUAUUCAUCCUGAUCAACUCUGUCCUCCUCAAUUUGCCGUGUCCCGGGAGCUCGCCGACCGUUAAUCUGCUCACGACCAAUUUCCACGAAUCUCUGGGAUCUCACUUUAAAGGUCUUGGAGAAAAAUCUGCUGAAGAUCUAGCCAAAUCUCGUUGCAAAAUUUCGAUAAUGCUGGAUGACUCUGUGCUGCAACUAGGAUACUGCGGUGUGGUGAUGGCUCAGGAAAACAAAGAAUGGGAGCUCAUGCCGCUGAAGACGCCAGAGCUACCGAAAGACAUGCGCCUAACGGCCGAGCUGGGCUGCUCCGAAAAGUACGUCAAGCCCAAGUUUUCUCUUGACGGCUCCCAGCUCGCGUGUUUCGACUUCAACAGCUACACGAUCCGUAUUUGGAAACUGUCUAAGAGGUGUCCUGAUGCGUUAGACACAAGAGUGGUGCGGACAGACUUUGCGCUGAAAGUUCCCAACUUCUACGUGCUCCUUCUGCAGAGACUGGGACUGUCUGUGCCGAUGGAUCUCCUUGGGUUGCAAAACACCUCUGUGUGCGUUUCAACAGAGUGUGUCAGUUUGCACGAUCUGCUCGCCAACUACAGCGAGGUGUUCAGAUUCAGCCACUCAGAGCUGGAUUUCGACUGGGUCUUGGGCGACCGCAUAGCUCUCAAGCUGCGCAGCAAAAUUAUUUUUGUGUAUAAUCUGGGGUAA